AUGGCGACUCCCACAAAGGCCCCCGCAAAGGGAUCCGGGAAGAAGCAGCAGCAGCCCAAGGUCCUGAAGAGAGACACGCGCCUCGAAAAGCGACAGCAACAGCUGCAGACCAUUGAGCAGCUCGAGAAAGCCGUCGCCGACUUUGACCCCAAGAGCGAAUACAGCAACUUCUCCGACCUCCCCCUCUGCGAAACGACCCGGAAAGGCCUCGAGAAAUCCCACUUCGAGACCCUCACCGACAUCCAGUCCCACGCCGUGCCCCUCGCCCUCAAGGGCCACGACAUCCUCGGCGCCGCCAAGACGGGCAGCGGCAAGACCCUCGCCUUCAUCAUCCCCGUCCUCGAGAAGCUCUACCGCGCGCAAUGGACCGAGUUCGACGGCCUCGGCGCCCUCAUCAUCUCCCCGACCCGCGAGCUCGCCGCCCAAAUCUUUGAGGUCCUCCGCAAGGUCGGCCGCUAUCACAACUUCUCCGCCGGCCUCGUCAUCGGCGGCAAGAGCCUGAAAGAGGAGGCCGAGCGCCUGUCCAAAAUGAAUAUCCUCGUCUGCACGCCCGGCCGCAUGCUGCAGCACCUCGACCAGACGGCCGGCUUCGAUGUCGACAACCUGCAGAUCCUCGUGCUCGAUGAGGCGGACCGCAUCAUGGACAUGGGAUUCCAGCACGCCGUCGACGCGCUGGUCGACCACCUCCCCUCGACGAGGCAGACGCUCCUCUUCAGCGCGACGCAGAGCAAAAAGAUCUCCGAUCUAGCGCGCCUCAGCCUCAAGGACCCGGAAUACGUCUCCGUCCACGAGGAGUCGACGCCCAAGAACCUGCAGCAGCACUACAUCGUCACGCCCCUCCACGAGAAGCUCGACACCCUGUUCGGCUUCAUCAAGGCCAACCUCAAGAGCAAAAUCAUAGUCUUCUUCUCCUCGGGCAAACAGGUCCGCUUCGCGUACGAAGGCAUGAGGCACCUGCAGCCCGGCGUGCCGCUGCUCCACCUCCUCGGCAAGCAGAAGCAGCUCCAGCGCAUGGAGAUCACAAAGCGCUUCGCCGACGCAAACGCCUCGGUCCUCUUCGCCACCGACGUCGUCGCCCGCGGCGUCGACUUCCCCGCCGUCGACUGGGUCGUCCAGGUCGACUGCCCCGAGGACGUCGACACCUACAUCCAUCGCGUCGGCCGUACCGCCCGUUACGAGCGCGACGGCAAAGCUGUCCUCUUCCUCGAGCCCAGCGAGGAGGCUGGCAUGCUCAAGCGCCUCGAGCUGAAAAAGGUGCCCAUCAACAAAAUCACCGUCAAGGAGAGCAAGAAGAAGAGCAUCAAGAACCAGCUCCAGAGCAUGUGCUUCUCCAAUCCGGACCUCAAAUACCUCGGCCAAAAGGCCUUUAUCAGCUACGUCCGCUCCAUCUACCUGCAAAAGGAUAAAGACGUCUUCAAGUUCAACAAGCUCGACCUCGACGCCUUCGCCGCCAGCCUCGGUCUCCCCGGUGCGCCGCAGAUCAAGAUGCGCAAGGGCGAGGACAUUAAAAAGGUCAAGAACGCGCCCCGCAAGGGCAUGUCCUCCGACGAGGACGAGGAGGACUCGGACGACGCGGCGGCGGCGGCGGCGGCCGGACCCAAGAAGCCCAAGAAGCCCGAGGUCCGGACAAAGUACGACCGCAUGUUUGAACGCACGAACCAGGACGUCCUCUCCGGGCACUACACCAAGCUCGUGGCCAACGGCGACGAAGUCACCGGCGGCGUAGCCAACGCAGACGGAGGCGCUGACGUAGAAGAAGAAGAAGACUUCCUCUCCGUGAAACGCGUCCUAGGCGACGACGAACUCGACGCCGAAUCCAACCUCGCCGCAGGCGCCAAGCCCAAGGUGAUAUCCUACGGCGGCCAAGACUUCAUCGUCGACUCGAAACGCCGCGAAAAGGCCCUCCAAUCCAAAAAGAAGAUGCUCAAAUUCAAGGGCCGCGGCGAAAAGCUCGUCUUUGACGAGGACGGCAACGCGCACCAGAUAUACGAGCUGCAAAACGAAGACGACUUUGAAAAGGAAGGCCCCGCAGAGGCACUGCGGCAGAAAUUCGUCGCGGACGAGGCGGCGCGCGUCAAGGAGGCCGAUGUGGACGACAAGCUGGCCGCCAAGGGGCGGCUCAAGGAGAAGAGGCUCAAGAGGAAGCAGAGGGAGGCCGAGGAGCGCGGAGAGGGCGGCGCGGCGCGGGGUGGUGCCGAGGGACCGCAGGUGGCGGGUGGCGGCGAGGACGGCGACGAAGAUCCGUUGGCGCUGUUGCGGUCGUUGCCGAUUGCGGGCGAAAGCGGCGGCGGCGGCGGCGGCGACGGCGAGUACAGCGGUAGCGAGGACGAGAGGCCAAAGAAGAAGACCAAGAAGUGGUUCCAGGACGACUCUGACGAGGAGAGGGAGAAGAAGAAGAAGGCCAAGAAGGGCGGCAAGGUGCUCGAGAUUGACCGUGAGCCCGAGACGUUGGAAGACCUCGAGGCUCUGGCUUCGGGCUUGUUGAACUAA